UGCUGAGAUCAUUCCACUUCACAGGCAGUAUAAAAUCUAUCCGUUCCCUCUUCUGGCAGAACUUUCAGUUGAGUAUAGUGAUGCACGUUAUUCGGGGGCAGAAAGUUGGGAUUUUGUGGAGUUUUUCAAGUCUUUUUCUGCUCCCGAGCAUCUCCUCUUGAAUGUCGCGUUAUUUGCUGAUGCAGCAGGUGGUGUACCAACAAGGCUUCCCUUUAAUAUUAAUUGUGUCAAACAUCUCUGCAUAUCUUUUGUUGAUCUUUUUGACUUGGACGUGGUUUCAUGCGCUCUUUGCUUAAUAAGAAGCUUCCCAUAUUUACAAUAUAUGGAAAUUGAGGUGCCUUAUGAAGAGGAUUAUGAUGAUAUGCCUGCUCUAGAAUGUCUUGAAGUCGAACAUUUCUCAGAUGUGACGUUUAAUCACCUCCAGGAAGUUAAGCUAAUACUGCCUACUGGCCAUAUCCCUGAGUUGCAGCUUAUGAAGCUUCUGUUAGCCAAGUCCCCGCUGUUGAGAAGAUUGCUAAUCGAGUCUUAUCUAGAUAAAGAAGAUGCAGAAUCUAGAAUAUUCGGUGAGCUAGCAGAUUAUCAGCAUGCAUCACCUGAAGUAGAAGUUUCCUAUCAACGUCGUAAGCAUCCAUAUUACCUUCCAUCCUCUCGCUACUUCACUCAAACCAUGAUCUUUGGAUAAAAUGUUUUGGAUGUUGAAAUUAAGGUUGAAAAGAAUGUUAUAUGCAGUAGUAUAACACUAUAAUGCUGUGUUUUGCCUAAUAAUAGUCUAAACUUAAUCAAGUCAGGAAUUUUGCAGUCCCACCACAUUUUGUUGGAAACCAGUUCCUAGCAAACAAAGGUGGAACACAUUUUGUUAGGUUUAUUUCGGAUAAUAUAUGUACUAAGUUGGCUGAACUUUGGUAACCAAAAUGCCCUAAGUGGCAUCUCUAUGACACGUAAUAUGACUGGUUCAUAGUAGUACUAA